AUGUCCGCGGGGGCGGGACUUCAAGUUGACCGAGGAGCGUCUAGUAAUACGAGAAAUGUUUAUGUUCCACCAUCUCCACCAUCCACACAUGGUGAGGGUUAUCCUUAUCGUUCGCCACCCUUUUUUGGUACAUGGGAAAACCCGAUAGGAAUGGGGGUUAAAAAAAAAAAAAGUCCAAAGGAAAAGGUCUACUACUUGGAAAAAAGUAGGGUUCAUUCCCAUAUUAGGAACCAUUUUGUAAUUCUCUUGGCUACGCAAAUCAGCACUUUGUAAUUAAACCGUUGUCCAACUUUGAUCUUAUGGAUUGGGUUGACAAACUUAAAAUAAAACAUCUCAGAGGAGUGUACAAUCGCGAUGGGCUACCGCAAAAGAUUACAAAAGAAUGUGGAAUAAUCAACCUCGAUGAUAUUCAAGGCGCCGGCACACAUUGGGUUUGUUACAGAAAUCUGGAUUCAGUAGUCGGGUCUCUCCCUGUGGUCGAGUAUUUCGAUCCAUUUGGUUUAGUUAUGCCAUAUGAAGCAUUAGAGUAUUUUCGUACAGCUAGAAAAAAGAUAGUUUACUCGAUCGAUGAAAUACAAAACAGAAGUACUGUUCUUUGUGGUUACUGGUGUUUAUAUUAUUUAUGCGAGAGACAGCGAGGUAAUCGUAUUCUAGACAUAAUACCUAACCCGCAUUUUGAUAAUGACAAUAGUGAUUUCAUAAAGGAAUACCACUCGUGA